AGGGGGUGCCAGGCCGCAGAGUGCCCGCAGCCUCCCCGCCGAGGCCCGGGCGGGGACAGGUGAAGGCCGUUUGUCGUGAGCAGCUGUGCUGGAGGGGGAGGGAGGGUCUCACCCGGGGGGGGAGACAUGGUCAGGGUGUCAGGUACCCCGCCAGCGGCAGCUUGGUCCCCGCUCUGUUACCUCGCCAAUCAGUGUUAAGUGCAAUUUUUUCUGCCUUUGGGUUUUUUUAAUGGAUAGUACUGACAAUUGUUGAAGGUUUUAUGGUUUUCUGUUGAAAGGGACAUUGGUAACUGAUUAGGUUUGCUGUAGCCAUGUCAGGAUCAGCCCCCGAGGAGCCUCAGACCAUUCCUCAGAGCCCAGCUAGUGUUCCUGACCCCGCUCCCGUUGCUGUCGGACCUGGAGGCUCAAGUGACAGUUCCUUUGGUGAGCAAAACCUUGGCUUCGCCACCCCCGAGGCCAGCCUGGUGGAGAUGAUGGACAUUGAGUACACCCAGCUGCAGCACAUACUUUGCUCGCACACGGAGGCGCAGAGUAGUGAAGGUGAAGUGGAAGCCAGGCUCAGCGCUUUCUCCUCGCCUGGCCCCUCUGCAGACCCCCCUCUGCAGCAGCCCUCCCCCAGCACCAGUCAGGACGGGGGCUCAUCCAACAGCUCUGGGAACCAGUCGGUCUGCCCAGUGACCUGUCAGUCAGGGUUGCCUUGUGACAGCUACUGGCCGAGUUCUAACCCGCACCUGGGCUAUGCUGACCUCCAGGAGCUCAGGAUGAUGUUACUUAGCGAGUCCAACCUCCCUGUGAACCAGAGAGAGAAAGCGCCCAACAGUAGUAGCUCUGUAGAAGUCUCGGGAUGCAGUGUAGCAAAAGCUAAACAGGGUGAAAAUUUCUUGGGGGAGAAUAAGGAAAACAUAUUUGUUGAAAAUUCGGCACUGGCACCAGAGGUUAGAUCUAAACCUGCAGUCAGAGCUCGGUUGGAAGACAGAUUCAACAGCAGCCCGACAGAAAACCCCAGAUGUCAAGAACCCCAAGAAUCUGGAGUAACUCUUAACAAUUUAGUGACAUUGAUCCGCCAGCCCUCAGAAGUGGUGGGUGUUCCUCUUCACCAGCAAGGGAACAGGUGUGCUGCACUAGGGAAAAAUAAGGCUGCACCUGCCACACAUUCCUUGCCAUUUACUUACCCGUUCUUUACCAUGAAUGCAUGUUCUGCUGCUGGAAGUGCUAACCCUUCCCAAGCACAGACCUGUGGAACAUCUUGCACUAUUUUGGAAGCUGCCAAACAUCAAGACCUUGGGAUACCCAAAACAUUCCCUUUUCUCUAUCAGGAAGUUGAAUCCACAAAACAGACAGUAGGUGCUAUAAAUAAAGCUUUGCCUGAGGAAGUUUGGAUUAAAGUUGGAGACACCUUAUGCAAGCAAGCCAUAAACAGAAGUUGCAGCCGGAUAAAUCUGUUGGAUGCAAACAUGGAUCGCAAACCUCUCGGUGAGAUUCGGAACACCCGGGACAACAACCAGAGCACUGCAGCUGCCCAGGGCCCCUGGCAGUCAGCACAGCCCAGCUCCAGUGUGCAGGUGCAGAGUGGUUCCCAGGAUGGAAGCGCCCAGAGGAGGGAAAGGCACAACCGCCUGGAGAGAGACAGGAGGCGCAGGAUCCGGGUUUGUUGUGACGAGCUCAAUCUCCUCGUUCCCUUCUGCACGAUUGACACUGACAAGGCAACAACUUUGCAGUGGACAACUGCAUUCCUCAAGUACAUUCAGGAAAGGCACGGCGACUCCCUGAAACAGGAAUUUGAGACUGUGUUUUGUGGUAAAACAGGCAGAAGACUAAAAAUUGGAAGACCAGACUCGUGUGUAAUGUGCCCAGCACAGGAAAACCGCACAGCUAUGGAGACCAAAUAGCCUGACCUGCCCACCCUGAAUUGUGUGACAGUAGUGCAAACUGUGUUUCAUUCUUUCCAUUUACAUGCUCAAUAGGAAUUUGACAGUGUAACUUGUAAAUAUAUAUAAAUAGAAAUGUAAAAGAAACGUUCUCUAUUGCAAAUGGAAAUGGAAGGUAACUACCAGCAAUGGGAAUCUGCCCUGUUCAAGGGGCUUUGGGACCAAAAGCUACAAGAAAAUGUCAUAACUAAUUAUUUUAAUCCUUUAGUUAUACAAAAUUUCCUUGUCAUCCUGCUUAGGGGUCUCAUUUAAUUUUUUGCUUUUAUUUUAUUUUUUUAAGAUGAUGCAGUACAGAUUGGAAAAGUUGUAGAACUUCUAUCUUCCUGUUAUUUUAAUGGCUAGAUGCAAACUCAUUCUUCCAGUGUAUAAAGAAACUGAAGUUACCGUAUUAUAAUGCCCAUUUUUCCAUUUAAAAUGUAAAUAUUGUAUUGGUUAUUUGAACAAGUGCAUAGUUUCUAAACUGUGUGUAUUAUGAAUUUUGCAUUUGCAUACAUAUUUAACAUAAUUAGCUCCAAAGAGUAGUGCAAUGGUGUUGGCAUUUUUAAAUUCAGUCCUAUUUUUAAUGUCUGCCACACAACUAUCCAAUAGGUUCUUGUGUUGUUACUUUAGACCAAAAGUGGAAUAUUUUAAACAGUAGAUAUUUAAAUGCACAAACUAUUUUUAUAUUUAAACAGAAAUAUGAUGCUUCGUUCAUAGGCUUUGGCAUAUAGGACAGAAAUAGAACUGUGUGUGAGCUGAGAGAGGCUUUAUUAAUUUUUUUAAAUAGAUGAUGCUAGCAAGUUUUAAAGUAUAAAAAGUUCUACCAAAAUUAAUACUGGUUUAAAUCACGGAUAAGAACAAUUUUGCAGCAAUUUAUGUCCAAACAAUACUAGUAAAACCUAGUUCUGAAAAAUGGAGUUUAGCCAAGUUAAUUUGAUUUGUAUAAUGACACUUACAACAUCACAAAGAAAAGGUUAAAAAAAAAUCUUCUUUUAUUUUUACAACAGUUCAUACAGGUGGUUUUGGCUGGACUUUAAAAGAGCAUCCUUUCUUAGGUGGGGUUCCAUCACAAUUACUGUGCAAAUAGCUGAAGUAGAGGUCAUGAAAAUGCUGUUACUUCAUUUCCUUCGUUAUCAUAUGGAAAUAUGCAAAAAUUCUUCCCUGGAAAUUAAAAUAUUUACAUUAUUCCUUUUGCAGAAUUUGCUUGCAAGAGGAUUACUGUUUACUAGUCUUGGCAAAUAUUUGAGGUGCAAUCUGAAAAUUUCUAGCUGGCAGCACAGACUUAAGCAAUGGUCAUUCCUUAGGCCAGAAGGUUCAGAUGUUAAAAUAUAGGAUAUUGAAAUGCCUGAUUUCCACUGAUGGAAGAGGCAGCUCGGUGCCUGAGGGUCUUAACAACGUGUCUGAGAGCACAAACCUGCAGGACUGAAGUCAGUGGGAGCAGCACCAAGGAAUUCAAUGAAAAAGGCUCAAACUUUCUUAGCAAAAAGUCGUGAUCUUUAGUACAGGGGGGGUGAUGGUAAAAAGGAGCAAUGCUUCCUCUUGCAGGUCUCUUGAGCAAAGGGAGGAAGGAAAGGUGAGGUUGUUUAGCAGUAAAAAUUCUGGGAAAUAAUUGGGGGGAGGAAAAGAUAGUCAUAAAGCAUCUUUUAAUUAAAGUUUUCAUCUGAUGCUUUCUUUUUCAUAGAACUGUGUCAAAGUCUCCACUUAAUAGAAUAGAAGGAGCAUCUGUCCUUUUAGCACUAGAAGGAUUCUGUUUUCUUACAAUGCACUGUUUAUUUAAAUAUUCAGUCACUUCUUCACUUCUUGUACUGUUGGUUUAUGAUUUUUUGGAAGUUGAUGCUGCAACAGCUCCCAUGCAAGCCGACGUGUCACAUAUUCCUGGAGUUCCCUGAGCCCCAACAGUGCCAGGAGUCCCAGGAUCCCCUGGCAGCCCGGGUUCACCCUGAGCACCAUCACGGCCGUUUUUAGUAAUUCCAGGCACACCAGGUGGUCCUAAACAAGAGAGGGGAAAGAUACAUGAAAUAUCUCCAUCUUUUCUUUUUUAAUAUCUGUAUAUAUGUGUUGAUUUUAGAGAUCUUAAUAUACUUUGAGUGUCUGUACAUCACACUUGUUAUGGCCUGUUGAGUACAAGGUGUUUUCAAUAAAUUUACCCUGAAUCUGGA